GAAGUGGCGGUCGGAUCUGUGUCAGCCUCGGCUUUCGCUGCGGGCUCGGGGUUCAGUGCUCUGCGGCGCUAUGAGUUCCUUUGAGGGACAGAUGGCUGAGUAUCCCACCAUUUCCAUUGACCGCUUCGACAGAGAGAACCUGAAAGCCCGAGCUUACUUUCUGUCCCACUGCCACAAGGAUCACAUGAAAGGAUUAAGGGCCCCUACCUUGAAAAGAAGAUUAGAGUGCAGCUUGAAGGUUUACCUGUACUGUUCUCCUGUUACUAAGGAGUUAUUGUUAACUAGCCCGAAAUAUAGAUUUUGGGAGAAACGAAUUAUAUCAAUUGAAAUUGAAACUCCUACCCAGAUAUCUUUAGUUGAUGAAGCAUCAGGCGAGAAGGAAGAGAUUGUUGUGACUCUUUUACCAGCUGGUCACUGCCCAGGAUCAGUUAUGUUUUUAUUUCAGGGCAAUAAUGGAACUGUCUUGUACACAGGAGACUUUAGACUGGCGAAAGGAGAAGCUGCCAGAAUGGAGCUUCUGCACUCUGGAGGCAGAGUAAAAGACAUCCAAAGUGUAUAUUUAGAUACUACUUUCUGCGAUCCAAGGUUUUACCAAAUUCCAAGUCGUGGAGAGUGUUUAAGUGGAAUUUUAGAGCUGGUUCGAAGCUGGAUCACUCGGAGCCCGUACCAUGUUGUGUGGCUGAACUGCAAAGCAGCUUACGGCUAUGAAUAUUUGUUCACCAAUCUUAGUGAAGAGUUGGGAGUCCAGAUUCAUGUGGACAAGCUGGACAUGUUUAGAAACAUGCCUGACAUUCUUCAUCAUCUCACAACAGACCGUAACACCCAGAUCCACGCAUGUCGGCAUCCAAAGGCAGAGGAAUAUUUUCAGUGGAACAAAUUACCCUGUGGAAUUACUUCCAAAACUGGAAUUCCACUCCACAUAGUCAGCAUUAAGCCUUCUACCAUGUGGUUUGGAGAAAGAACUAGAAAAACAAAUGUGAUAGUGAGGACUGGGGAGAGUUCAUACAGAGCUUGCUUUUCUUUUCACUCCUCCUAUAGUGAGAUUAAAGAUUUCUUGAGCUACAUUUGUCCUGUGAACGCAUAUCCAAAUGUCAUCCCAUUGGGCACAACUAAGGAUAAAGUUAUAGAAAUCUUACAGCCUCUAUGCAGAUCUUCCCAAAGUACUGAGCCAAAGUAUAAACCACUUGGAAAACUGAAGAGAGCUAGAACAAUUCAUGUAGACUCAGAGGAGGAAGAUGAACUCUUUGAUGACCCUCUGCCAGUACCAUUAAGGCACAAGGUUCCAUACCAGCUAAUUCUUCACCCUGGGGUAUUUUCAAUGACUGCAAUAUCACAAAACCAGCCUGAAAAACUGAGACAAAGCACAGGAUGUUUCAAAACAGAGAGUACACAAAACUCUCUUUUGAGCAAUUUUAUAGAUUGUGAAGAAUCCAACAGUGAAAGUGAGGAAGAAUUAGAAAUGCCAUCUUCAGUGCAAGAAGAUCUGGGCUCUGUAACACUUCCCCAGCAAAAGGCUGAUGUGGAUGUACCACAGUGGGAAGUAUUCUUUAAAAGAAAAGAUGACACCACAGAUGAGGGUUUGGAAAACUUCCCUUUCUCCACAGAGACAGGAGGAUCUCAGUCACCCAAUCUUUUCAAUGACUCUGAUGGAGAAUCAACACACAUCUCCUCCCAGAAUUCUUCUCAGUCAACACACAUAACAGAACAAGGAAGUCAAGGCUGGGAUAGCCAAUCUGAUACUGUUUUGUUAUCUUCCCAAGAGAAAAAUGGUGGGGAUAUUACCUCUUUGAACAAAGGUGUCUACAGACCAAAAACCAAAGAGAAUAUUCCUACCUCCCAGAUGGAACAAAAUGUACUUUGCCCAAAGGACACUCACUCUGAUUUAAAAAGCAGAGAUUCAGAAGUAACUACAGUUCCUAACACUGGAGAACCAACUAGUCUGAGUUGUGGGAAACACAUACCUGAGAAAAACAGAUCGCUAAAUCUUAGCACACAUUCAGAUUCACAGAGUUCCUCUGAUUUUGAAAUUCCCUCAACUCCAGAAGCGGAACUACCUAAACGAGAGCAUUUACAGUAUUUAUAUGAGAAACUGGCAACAGGUGAGAGUAUAAUAGUUGAAAGAAAAAAAUGUUCACUCUUAGAUAUUUAAAUGGAAUACUUAAAAAUCUUCAAAUAGCCUAAAAGACAGCAGCAAAACACACGUCAAUGGAAAGACAUGUGGGGAAACAUAACCCAAUUACAUGCUGUGUAUAAGAAACUCAGUUCAAAUGGUGUAAGUUAAAAGGAUGGAAAAGAGACACCAUUUAAAUACUAAAAGCUGGAGUAACUACACAAAUAUCAAUUUCUGGAUAAAAGCUUCAAGUUAACAAAAAGACAUAAGAAUCCUAAAUUUGCAUGCACUUAACAGUCAAAAUACAUGAAACAAAAGGAAAUGCAAACUAAUGUACAAUUAUAUUUUAACAUUCUUCUUUUUGUAAGAGAACUAGUAUAAAUACAGAAAAUCAAGUAUAUAGAACUAAACACCAUCAGUCAACUGGAUCUAAUUUGCAUUUAUAGAACACUGCACCUAAUAGAACACAUCUCUUCAAGUGCACAUGAAUAUUCACAAAGAUACAUCUUGGAUUAUAAAAAUUAGAAUAACUGAAUCUAUAAAUUGUUUAUGGGGGGAAUCACCUUUACUUUCAAAAGAUGUUCUAUCACUUUAAACCGUUGAUCUGAAUACAGUGGUAAAACUAGAACAAUAAGAAUGUAAAAGAAAAUGUUUAUGAAUUAAAUGACUAUAUGUUCAAAGUCAUUAAAUUUAAGUUCACAAGUGCUUCUAAGAAUUCAAUAAAGUUUUACAAACAUUCAUAAAAA